ACUUGCGUUGCCGAUCGACUACUUUUGAGCCGCAAGCUUAUUUCUCUACGUCUACGUCAUCCACGAGAUCUAAAUACCUUCAAAAUGGUCCACCCCAACACCACCUGCUGCAAGUCCUCCCAGGGCGCCGACUGCAUCUGUGCCGCUCAGGCUAAGUGCUCGUGCGGCAAGGAGAGCGCUCUCCACUGCUCCUGCAACAAGGCCUCCACCGAGAACGCCAUCUCUGGCCCUCGCUGCUCAUGCCGCUCUCGUCCCGCUGGUCAGUGUACCUGCGAGCGCUCCGUGUCCGAGAACAAGGCCGUCGAGGGUGCAACCUGCGCCUGUGGCAGCCGUCCUUCUGCUUCCUGCACUUGCGAGAAGGCUGAUGCUGUCGAGUCUGCCCUUGAGCAGGACUUCACCACCCGCGCAUAAAUAGCUGCGUUGUUUCCUUCUUCU